AUGUUGCUGUUUACUCUAGAGCUUGGGCUCCUUGGGGCGGCGCUUUGCCAUCUUACAACGGCAAGUCCAUUGACAGCCAGACAACAAGCAACUCCUACUGCCAUCGUCAAAAACGGAACAUACGCUGGUCGCUACAACGCUGAGUAUGAUCAAGACUUCUUCCUAGGAAUACCCUAUGCUCAGCCGCCAGUGGGCGAUCUACGCUUCCACAACCCGGUCUCUCUCAACACAUCAUGGGACGGAAGUGCCGACGCCACUAUCUUCGCCUCGGCCUGUUACAACUUCGGGCCACCCCAGUUUCCCGAAAUACCAUAUUCGGAGGAUUGCCUGAAUCUCAAUGUGGUGCGACCCAGCGGCGUCAAGCCAGGUGACAAACUGCCCGUUGGUGUAUGGAUACACGGUGGAGGCCACACAACGGGCUCAAACCAGGACCCCAACUACAACAUGACCUUCCUUGUCCAACAAUCUGUCACUGCAGGCAAGCCGUUCAUUGGUGUCAAUAUCCAGUAUCGGCUGCAACUGUUUGGCUUCAUGUUUGGCUCGGCUAUCGUGGAUUCCGGUGUUGGAAACCUUGGCUACAAAGAUCAGCAUUUGGCGCUUCGUUGGAUUCAUGAAAACAUUGCCGCGUUUGGUGGAGACCCUUCCAAGGUGACUAUCUGGGGCGAGAGUGCGGGAGCAGAAAGCACAGGAGCCCAAUUGAUUGCAUACGGCAGUCAAAACCAGGGUCUCUUCCGGGGAGCCAUGCUGGAAAGUGGAGGUCCUAUUAAUCCAUACCGAUACAACAUUGAUACACUGGCGUGUCUUUGGUCUGUGCCUGUCGAGUCACUCUUCGCCGUUUUCAACAGCAGUGUGGCAGCCUCAAUCCCAUCUUGGGGCAUGGAAAUAGACGGAGACUUUAUUCGGGAGAAUGCUCGGGAGGCGCUUGUCGCUGGACGGUUCAUCAAAGUGCCAGUGUUACAUGGGCAAAAUCAUGACGAAGCCACAAUUUUCGCUAUCACGGGCGUUAACACAGACGAAGAUUUUUAUGCCCAAGUGAGACGACGGACGUCUGAUAACGCCACUAUGCGCGGUAUUGCGGCACUAUACCCAGACAUUCCCGCCAUUGGAAUCCCGUCAACAUUGAAAGGUCGGCCAUCUGCAGCACUGGGCUUUCAGUACAAACCCAUUUCGGCUUUUAUCACUGACCUGAUGUGGCACGCGCCUCGCCGGUUGACCAGCCAAAUAUUGGCCCAAUACAAUGUUCCCAAUUGGAACUACCUGUUCAACGUGAGAUCCAAUGGAAUGCCGCUAUCAGCUGGAUCAGCUCAUUUUACCGAGGUGUCAUUCAUGUUUUACAACAUCCUAGGUCUUGGAUAUGCGGAAUCACCAUUUGCCAAUAUGCCCGCAAGUUAUAAAGAACUGUCGAAUAUCAUGUCAAGGUACUGGGUCAACUUUAUUGUUGAUGGAGAUCCCAACGGUGCUGGUGUUGUCAACCAGUCUCACUGGCCUUCAUAUUCCGUUUCAAACCCGCAGUAG